UGAGGAUUUGCCUUUAUUUUAAAUGUCGUAAUGAACACAUGUCCCGCAUAACCUGCACUUUAUAUGUACAUAAUGUAUACAUGCAAUACAGUAUUUUUGAAAAGUUGUUAAUUGAAAGCUGUAUUAGUAAAUAUUAAACUUGGAAACUUUUAUAGGCACUUAUAUUUCAUAAAUGGCAACUUUGACACCUAAAUUUUGUGCUUUUAAACGUGUGUGUAUAACUAUUCCGUGCAUAAAAGUACUUAAACGAAAUUACAUGGGUAAUGUUCAGCAAGAAAGGACUGAGCAAAAGAUUCAUCCGUAUAAACAGAUUCAUCCGUAUAAACAGAUUCAUCCGUGGAAAUCAUUAAUGGGAUUUUCUGAAGAUCUUCUGAAGAAUGUCAUUUACAAUAAAGAUGGAUUAGUAGCAUUAAAUAAACCUUAUGGAAUAAGACCUAGAGCACCAGAAAUGUCUGAUAAAAGUUCUGGAAACAGAGUACCAAACGGUGUGGAUUAUACACUAAGUGAUGCUUUGCCAUAUAUUGCUGACCAAUUAAAUUAUUCGAAUUUAAGUAUAGUUAGAUCUCCUGAAAUGUACAUGAGCGGUAUCACACUUUUAGCAGUAGACGCACGUGUUCAACAUGCCAUUGAAGUUGCAAUCAUUCGUUCCAAUUACUUUGCUAAAACAUAUUGGGUAAUUACAGUUGGAGUGCCAAGACAAUUGAAAGGGCAGUACCGCUUGGCAAUGAAAUUAGUAUCAAAUCCGCAAUUUAAAGAUAAAAAAACAGUCUUGACAGAAUCGUGGACUAAUCGUGAGCAUAAAUUAGGUAAAAUAAAACUGGUGAAAACAGAAUUUCAGACGUUAUCUAAUUCCACUCUCAAUUUGUCGUCUUUGGUUCAAAUAAAAUCGUCUACUGAAAGGAGGCACACGCUCAGAUUGUUUGCAUCCACGUUUCUGUAUAGUCCAAUUCUCGGAGACAAUUCAUCCUGUGCGUCGCGAAUACAGAAAGUCGGGGAUACCUAUGUAAAAAUUGAUCCGUUUCUCGUCCACCCUGCACCACCGAAAUUGGAUACGAGGCUACUCAAACUGUUAAAUGUAAGGCCUAGCAACCAGACUAUAAUUCCUGUACAUAUUCAUCUAAGGUCGGUAGUUCUACCUGAAUUCUUUGGGGAAACAUUAACGAUAGAAGCACCUUUAAUGCCAUAUUUCGAAUGGACAUGUAGGCAACUUGAGUUUAAAUACUUCAUGCAAAAUAAUAUUUCUUCUGUAGAAUAAUAUAUACGCAUAAAAAAGGA